AUGGCAGCUUCAGGAGACUCAUGGGUGAGAGAAUAUAAUGAAGCAAUCAAACUUGCUGAUGACAUAACGAACAUGAUAACUGAAAGGAACUCAUUGCCAGCAUCCGGGCCAGAAGCCCAGCGGUAUGCUUCGGCCAUACGGAGGAAAAUCACCAUACUUGGAACCAGACUGGACAACCUACAGUCUUUUCUGUCAAAGCUUCCUGUCAAGCAAUCUUUGUCCGAGAAAGAAAUGAAUCGUCGUAGGGACAUGGUUGCUUGUCUGAGAUCAAAAGUAAACCAGAUGGCUUCUACUCUGAACAUGUCAAAUUCUGCGAAUAGAGACAGCUUACUUGGCCCUGAGAUGAAGCCUGUUGAUGCAAUGAGCAGAAUAAGUGGCCUUGAUAACCAUGGUGUCGUUGGUCUUCAACGACAAGUCAUGAAAGAACAAGAUGAGGGUCUUGAGAAAUUGGAGGAGACAGUGAGCAGCACCAAACAUAUUGCACUGGCGGUGAAUGAAGAGCUUGAUUUACAUACAAGACUAAUUGAUAAUCUGGAUGAGCAUGUUGAUGUUACAGACUCCAGAUUACAGCAAGUACAAAGGAGGCUUGCGAGAUUAAACAAGAGGACUAAGGGUGGCUGCUCCUGCUUGCACCUCCUACUAUCUGUCAUUGAGAACUCGAUCACAGGUCAGACGGACAACAAAAAGACUCAAGGUCGAGAGACUACCGAGUCGAUGAAGACCUCCGAAGCAAACUACGUCAAGUUAGGACUCCACCCGAGACCAGCCGUGGCGAGCAAUGAUACCAGAAAGAACCUAGAACCCAACUGUGACAAGGCUUGGGUUUCCAGUCUUCUGAUUGGAUCAAGCCAACCACCAGGCUUUUCGAGGUCCAUUAUGACGCCGAUUACCCAGAUUCCCAACCUGCUGGGUCAUGGAGAUUGGGUACGAGAUGGUACCGGCGAUUCCGACACAACAAAACCCACUUCAAGAAGAAGGAAGGAGGUCGCCGGCGACAACAAAAGGUGCUCCAGUAGGCGAGCAGGUUGUGACGGUCACCAGGAUGAGCUCAACCAGAUGAUCGCAGAAGAUGUUGCAGCCAGGUUCGUUCAACCGCAGGUGUCGAGUGCAGUGAACCUCAUUGUACCGACAAGGAGGGAGAAAGUCAAAUUUCCAUCAACUCAGCCUUGA